CGUCAACACACUGCUUAAUGUAUCCAGUCCUUACUCUACCAAACAGCUGCACUCCUCGUACUCUGCGACGACUGCUAGCCCAAUCACCCCGGUCUUGGCACGAGGGGAUCGACAGGACUCGCCAAACAGACUUCCUUGGCCACAACCCUCAAUGGCCAGGGGACUCGUAUCCGCAGAUUAGCCGCCAGGAACAAGCGAACGCGAUACAGGGACCUCGUAUUCUGGUGUUGGAGGUAUAUACGGGCACAAUCAAUAAGGCCAGCGACAAAGAACUAUAAAGCCCGGGGACUACGCCCCCUGCUGCUCCUGUUCUCAUUGUUCUUUCUCCACCCUGCUUUGUCUUCACCUUCACUCGUUCAAUCCUUCUGGUCAACAUGCGUCCCUCUUUGAUCGCACUUACCCCUCUCGUGGCCACGGCCACCGCGCACGGCCUCACUCAGCUAGAGGCUCUGCAUCUCCUGAAGCGCCAAAGCAACGGCAACGGCGCCUUCAUCCCCGGCACGACCACCGUCUCCGACUGCCCGGAAGGCUCGAUCCUCUGCGGCACCAGCAACACCUGCUACUUUCCCUCGCGGGGUGACACCUGCUGUCCGGGGGGGGCCUGGGCCUGCCCCGGCGACUCCUUCUGCCUUCAGGACCCCUACUGCUGUCCCACUGGCCUGGACCGCGAAAUCUGCGCCCAACAGUACGGCGUGACGCUGACUCCGACCGUGUCGAGUGCCGCGGAUGUCCCCAAUACCACCCCCGCUACUCAACCAACCUCCGCACCGUCCGCCCCAUCCUCUUUCUCGACUUCCGUGGAUGAGACAAGCAGCAGCAGCAGCUCGACCUCCGUUCCCAUCAUCCCGACCACCACGUCGAGCACCGUUGCGAACGCUUCGUCUUCCGUGCCGACCUCCACCCCUGCUGUCUCUUCCACCGCCACCGCCACUCCCUCGACUGGAUUGUUCACUGGCGGCGCUACACGCGUCUGCGGGAUUGGGGCCGGUGCAAUUCUGCUCGGUGGAGUGGGUGUGAUGGCAAAUGUUUUGUGAAUGAGUUUCACUCCGGAAGGAGUCUGCUAGGUCGGGUAGGGUAGGGUUAAGCCAAUACGGUGAGGACUCGACUAGACGGUAGCAGCCAGCGUCUUGGACCAACAAAGAGGUUUAAUAUGU